GCCAUGCCACAGUCACUGUAGUUGGCCAAGUAAAUGAAAGUGCCAUUGAGCACUUAAAACAAACACCUUGUCUGCACAAAAUUUAAAAAAAAAAUCUGAAGAGAAUCCCCCCCCAUUCAGGUGGUGGUUCUUCACAGAUUCCUUCAUUGUAAACAAAUUGGUUUUAUGCUCAUAAAUUUUUUAGUGUGUAAUUAGCUCACUGAAAGUGACUUUGUUGCAGGAAGUACAACUGUGACAUAGAAAUUACACAGUGAAGGAGACAAAGAAUGGAACGAGUCCAUUGUUUUUCACACCAACAAAUGGCAGUUUCUCAUCAAAGCCGUCCUCUCCUUCUUCCUUUUCUUAAAACCACCACCAGGCACCAUAACUUCUCCUUCAACUUCUUUAAUCCUUCACUCGACUCUCUUACCGACAAAUCCCUUCUUGGGUUUUGCCUCCCCUGCAAAACCCUCCAAUACCCACUUUAGAAAAACAACACAAAAUCAAAACUUUCGAACACCCAUUUGAAGAAUUUCAUAAUAUAUGCGCAUAUAAAGUGAGAGAGAGAGGGGGAUAUGGACAGGCUUAUUAGUUUGGAGCCAUCAAAUCUGGUCCCAAUAAAGAUCGAGCCAGGCCUGAAAUGUGUGGGAGAACUAACACUUCGCAAUGUUAUGUACACUAUGCCGGUCGCGUUUAGUCUGCAACCAAUGAACAAGACUCGCUACACAGUGAAGCCACAAUCAGGGAUCAUAUCUCCUCUUGCAACCCUGACUGUGGAGAUCACGUAUGUUCUUCCCCCAGGUGUUUGCCUCCCUGAAACUUAUCCUCACUCUGAGGAUUCGUUUCUCUUGAACAGUGUGGUGGUUCCUGGCGCAACAAUCAAUAACCUUUCAUCGACCUUCGAUGCUGUCCCUAAUGAUUGGUUCACAACAAAGAAGAAACAAGUGUUUAUAGAUAGUGGGAUCAAGAUCAUAUUUGUGGGUUCACCGAUUUUGGGUCGAUUAGUGAAGGACGGUUCGAUGGAUGAGAUAAGAGAGGUUCUGGAGAAGAGCGAUCCGGCGUGGAAUCCAGCGGACUCUAUUGAUUCACAUGGACGGUCUCUGCUUCACAUCGCGAUUGCUCAAUGUAGACCAGAUAUUGUUCAAUUACUGCUUGAAUUCGAGCCGGAUAUUGAGGUUCAGAGCCCGACAGGGUCGACACCGCUUGAGGCCGCGGCGGGUUCCGGUGAGGCACUGAUUGUUGAGCUUUUAUUGACUAGGAGAGCAAGAACAGAGAGAUCAGAAGCCUCUAAUUGGGGACCAAUCCAUCUCGCUGCAGGGAAUGGAAACAUAGGUAUUCUGAGGCUACUUUUGCUCAAGGGAGCCAAUGUUGAUUCCCUCACCAAAGACGGCAACACUAGUCUCCACCUCGCGGUGCAGGAACGGGGGCGCGAUUGUACGCGCCUCCUGUUAGCAAGUGGAGCAAGAACUGAUAUACCAAACACUGUAGAUGGUGACACUCCCUUGCACAUUGCAGCUAGUUUAGGUGAUGAACAAAUGGCGAAGCUGUUAAUAACAAAAGGUGCCAACAAAGACAUCCGCAACAAAGCUGGGAAAACUGCCUACGAUUUGGCAGCAGAAAAUGGUCAUUCGCGCCUUUUUGACGCGCUAAAACUAGGAGACAGCUUCUGCGUCGCUGCAAGAAAAGGUGAGGUGAGGACAAUACAUAAACUGCUCGAGAGUGGCGUGGCCAUAAAUGGGCGAGACCAGCAUGGUUGGACUGCCCUACAUAGGGCGGCUUUCAAAGGUCGUGUAGAUGCUGUGCGGGCAUUGCUAGAGAAGGGAAUUGAUGUCGAUGCCAAGGACGAGGAUGGAUACACUGCACUACAUUGUGCGGUGGAGUCCGGUCACGCGGACGUGAUCCGGUUGUUGGUGAAAAAAGGUGCUGAUGUUGAGGCUAGGACUAAUAAGCGAGCUACUGCAUUACAAAUCGCGGAGUCUUUGCACUAUGUUGGGAUUGCGCGAGUACUACUUCAUGGCGGCGCAACCAAAGAAGGUGGCGUGACUGCUGGAUCUAUUGUGCAUUCAUUUGAGAAAUACAGUACGAAGGAACUAGAGAAGGUGGUCGUGCAGAGGCAGCGGAGUAGAGGAAGAGCUUUGCGUGGUAGCUUUGAUCAUUCCUCUCUACCAUUGGCUGUGCUGUAGUUAACAUCUUUGGUUUUCUGGGCUUCCUCUCAAAUUAGAACUUGGAAUUGAUGGGGGAGUUUGUAGAGGAGUAGUCCUAUAUGUUCAUUCUAUAUAUACUGUUACAAGUAAGAUUUGACACUUUGUAUAUGUAACAAUGUUUAUGAUAUGUUCAAUCAAUAAAAUUGUAUAAAGCAUC